UUCGGCCAUCACCCAGACCUGCACUCGUGCGCUGGACGCCCCGUCUGUGUUAGCUGUAACGCCUUCUCUUCUCGUUCCAGUCCCCUUCUUCCCACUCCAUCCAGCCGUCGACCGGCGUCCUUCCGCUUUCAAAACAACUAUCGUCCUCCAUCUCCCCUCCUUGCCCCUCCCUUCCUCCAAUCCCGCACCGCAUGCUGUCUCCCUUUCUCCUCUACCGCGCUGCAACGUUUGCGCUCUUUAUCGUCUGCAACACGGUAAUCUGCAGCGUUGCAGCGUGGAACUUGAGCUUUGCGCAGUCAUCCAAUCACCUUGCAACUCUCGCUCAUAUCGACAGCUUCCUCAUUUUCGCUGGCGCUCUCGGUCUCCUUGUCGUUUUCCCCGUUAUCUUCAUCGAGGUCUUUCGGAGAGGUGCACUCUCCAGUCGUGUAUGGUUCGAAAUAGCAUGGUUGACGCUGUUCUGGGUGUUUAACUUUGCUGGUGCGACGGGUGUGACAGCCGUUGCACCUAGUAAAAUGUGCAGCCCCACUAGCGACAAUUCUCAUAGUUCUGGCUCUGCUUGUUCAUCUUCAAGAGUACUGAUCGCCUUUGCAUGGAUAAACACUUGCUUUCUUUUCAUGUACUUCUUUUUCCUGACUGUAUUCUCGAUCAUGCACCAGAAGGAGGAUGCGUCAGUCUGGCGAUCGACAGUGGUUGAGUUCCCGUGGUUCGAGACCAAGCAAUGUAUCAGGAGUGCACCCAACUCGCCCAUCAUGGCACGCUUUGUGAAGUCAAAAUCGCCGUCCUUGGUCGUCCCUAAGCCGAGGCGUGUGCCACCGCCGCCGCUUUUUAUCCACGGUCGGGCCGGUCUUGGCUCACGAGUGGAGAUCGAGCAUUUCACGGAUAUUGCGAGUCUUGAGGAACAGCAAUCACCUCCGUUCGUACCGGUCGCGGCGCCACCCGCAGCGUAUUCAUUUUAUCCGCAACAUGUACAGGCAACGAUGCAAGCAGCGCCAACGGUGUACCGGAGUAAUUCGUACAAUGCAGCGGACCACGGUUCGACUCCGCCUCCGAUACGUGAUUGGCCUCGUCUGAUAGGUAGUAGUAGCACGAGUAACGCACUUGGCCUUGAAGGGCCGAUGACUGAGCGUGCAGCGCAGAAACAACGUGCACCUGCACCCGUGCGAUCAAAUUCAGAAGUUUCGUCAUCGUCGCAAAAAAGUGGGCGGAUGCGUGCUCCUCCGCCUCCUCCGUUACAACUGGAACGAACGACGACGAAAGAUAGUUUAACUCAGUCAUCUGCACAGAGUUCGCCUUCACGGUCACGACCCACCGGUCCGCGAAAACGAUCAGGCUCAUCAACGUUUGUGCGUCCUCGUCCGCCACCGUUAGACCUAACGCGGAACGGCUCGACGCCGAACGUCCGUCGAUAGCAGAUAUGACCUCGACCUGACCUGACAUUCCGCCGAUAAUUACGUAUCUGUUAUUGAUCUAUACGUGCUUACACCAACGGACACGACGAGCUGCUCCCACUACUACCACGGCUGGGUCGCCUACUCCACUGUCAUUUCACCACCAUUGCCAAUAAUGCCUGCUUGCUUACCUGUUUGUAUGAACAUAUAAACCGCCAUGUCUGUGAUGCGCUGCGCGCUGCACGGUCCCGCCGCUCCUUUGUAUCAACUAAUCGCCUAUCGCUGUCAAACUUGCCCUCACCACUACACACCCGUUGUGACCCUUGCUCGUCGUACGUAGAACCCCUUGGAUAUUUCUCCUUCUCAACCAACCUGGAUUGUUGUGCACUCUUUUUCACUUAUUUUUACAUGGGGAGUUAUGUUUUAUUGGGUUGAACUUAUUUUUUCUUUCUGGAGUUGAGUUAUGUGCCUUAUAUGUCUUAUAUAUAUGGCAUGUGGUUUUUUACAGUGUUGUUGUUUAGCCGUUUAGUUGCAGUACAAGUUAAAAAAAUGGUCUAUUCAUAAACAGGAUGUGAAAUGC